AUGGCGGCUGCUGCACAGGGCAACUUCCAGGCCACCCUUGAAGCUGAAAAGAGCCGGCUCAUUGAGGAGAAUGAGCAGGACUGCGAGAACCGGAGGAGGAGGGCGUUCUCCAUUAUCCAUCUGGGGACAGACUACAACGUCUGGGAGCUUGCCUACAAAUACGCAGAUCUUGCCAUUCUGGCUGAGAAGGAAGGCAAGCCGGGGCCUAAACCCUAUGACAGAAUGGCUCGGACAAGGUGGACGGUUGUAGACCCCAAGUACCAGUCCGGUGAUUCAGCCGGAACUCCGGUUAAUGAUGCUCCUUAUGACCAACAGGGCGUACUUAGCACGCCCGGAGAUGAGAUUCUUGAAGAAUCCGGGAGCUUAGACGGUGAAGAAACCAUCCAACAAUCCGACUCCACUGAGUCGACGAUGGAGCCAGAUGCCCCUCAAGAGGACGAGGAGACGGGGAGCAAGAACGUCCCUCGGUCUCUAAGGCAAAUGCUAAAAAGGCCGGGAGAGGAGCCCGCCCAACCUUCUUCACAAAGGCGGAGGGUCCCGCCUGCCCCUGCCCCUGCCUUUGCCUCUGCCAGAAGACAGCCAGCUCCUGCGAGGCCUACUUCAGCAAGCAUGAGUCUGCGAGAUCUAGGCUUGGGCUCAGGGCCGGCUGAGGCCAGAGCUGGGGAGCCUGAGGUUCCCUCUAGCCAGGUGCUUGUUGUUGCAUCCGGCUCUAAUGCGGCUGGGGGUGGUGUCACCCCUCAGCCUAAAAACCAAGAUGCCUCUUCUCGUUGGCCGGAUCUGCAAAACUACGCAAAGAGAAUGCUGAGGAGUCUCACCCGGUCAGAAAAGGAGUUGGUACCGGGUAUCAACCAGGUCAACAUUGACUGCAUCAACUCACUGCUGGCUGAGGUGAUGUUGUGGGUUGAUGGAAUGAAGGUCCUUUGCGGAAAAAGCAAGAGGAGGUAA